GUUGAGAGAGUCUCUUUGUGUAGGAGUCGGAAACGUGGGGAACGCAUGGGGGACAACCUGUACGUCUAGUGCAGACCGAGUUUGGCGUGUUGGAGCUACUGCUUUUAGUGAACGUUGAACCCUGUUGUUAUACAGCUUGUGGUUAUUGCAAUUGCAUCUUGGCGCAAAAUAUACCGGAAAAUGCGGAAGUGGUGUGUGCUACUGUGUGUGCUGUGCUGUUUAGAUGGAAACAAAAAAGUGUUGGGAAACAACUUGGACACAGCCUAUCCCGUGGUGUUCAGAGGAAGUGCGCAGAGUUAUUUUGGCUACAACGUAGACCUCAUUGAGAACAGCAGCGGCAAACUUGCACUGGUGGCAGCUACUAGAGAGAACUCUUCCUAUAUGACUGGGGUAGAAAACCCUGGUGUGCUGUUCCGAUGCAAACUGGAUGAAGCAUCAUGUGACGAGGUGCUCGUCGACAGGAAAGGAAACGGUGUUUCUGGCGGAGAUGAAGGCGAUGAAUACGUUGAGCUGAAAGACAAUAUGAAUCUGGGAAUGACAUUGGCGGUUCAGCCAGGAGAGACAGGUCGGAUUGUGGUGUGCGCGCCCAGGUGGCAGAACCAGAAGUACAGAGGGAAGAACUUAAUGAAUGGUAUCUGCUACGUGCUUGACAGAGAUAUGACAACGUCGCAGGAUCUGAGGCCACUGCUUAAGAAAAAUGCCCAGGUGGUGAAAAUGUUGGACCCUGCAACGGGCAAGAUGCGUGAUGUACAGUAUUACUCGGUCGCAGCAGCGGGAUUCGCUGGAACAAUUUCCCCUAAUGGCGAACUACUGCUUGGGGCUCCGGGCUGCAGAGACUUCACAGGGACGAUAGUGAAGUACGAGAUACCUGCGUCUCCGACAACGGAACUAGGUACUGCAGUAAUAGGAGCCCAGAAUUCCACAACAGUGCUGGCCGCCGACCAAUACAUGGGGUACUCAAUAGCAGCGGGUCGAUUUUUUGAGAAAACUGUGGUGCACGUGGCAGCUGGGGCACCGAGAGAUGCAGCUCAUCUUGAAGGAUCCGUGUACUUCAUCGAUUUCAACGAUCCCAACACAAACGUUCUCAAGAUAGAGAAGAAACAGAUAGGGGAACAGAUGGGUUCCUACUACGGUGCCGCCCUCCUCGCUGUCGACAUCGACCGGGACGGUAUCUCAGAGCUGCUGGUCGCUGCUCCAUUCUAUUCCGUGCUGGACGACAAGGGAAAGCGAACACAAGACACUGGAGACGAAGGAAAAGUCUACGUGUACCGAAGUAAUGGAUACGGAAUGCAGUUACAGGGCCAUGUAAUGGGUUCUUCCGUGCCUGGAUCCCGGUUCGGAUCAGCGAUAGCCAACGCGGGUGACCUCAAUAUGGAUGGAUACGAAGAUGUUGCUAUAGGAGCCCCGUACGAAAACGGCCACGGAGCUGUCUACAUUUAUCACGGCACAAAGACAAGCAUCCGUACACAGUACGCUCAGCGAAUCGAAGCACGGACUUUGCGAACACCACCCUACGGAUUUGGAAUAGGCAUUUCUCACGGCAUGGAUGUGGAUGGAAACCACUAUCCUGACAUUGUUGUCGGUGCCUAUGAAUCAAGUCAUGCAUUCCUACUCAGGUCUUCGCCAGUGAUAAGGACAACGGCGCAUAUCGAGUGCGAUUACAUCAUUGCAGAUGCCGAAAACUGUGAAUACGAAGGAAAAACAAUUUCCUGUUUCAACAUAACGUUUUGUAUCUCUUACAAAGGGAGUUACGUUCCUAGUCAAAUCGAUUUUAACUACACUUUAGAUAUUGACGUCAGUAGAGCAGAUGGGCCUCGCGGAUUCCUGGACGGCAGUAAUAAAUCAUCCUUCGUCAAUGGAACUGUACUAGCCGAGAAAGCAAAACGCGACUGCGUUCUUAAGACAGCCUACAUUUAUAACGGCAUUAGUGACUUUGUUACUCCAUUCGAGAUAUCCCUGGCAUACGACGUCAAGCGACCCGAACAGUCUUCAUUUUGCAAGGAUUGUCCGACAAUUGACACUAAUUCCCCGACGGUUGUUACAAAGAAGACUUUCUUCAAGUUAGGCUGUGGCGAGGACAAUGUCUGUGUUGCUGACCUCACGGUGAAGGCUACGCUUUCUGGCCUUGAGGAUGGGGCGCCCUUCAUUGUAGGUCAGGACACAACGAGGACAUUGUACAUCAACGUUAAAAACGAGGAUGGAAGUGAGAAAGCCUACCAGUCAACCGUUGCUGUGGAGCUAUCUGGAGGCAUUGAGUUUGUCAACAUUGGGUCUUGCACUGAAAAGAACAACACAAAUUUGGAGUGUAACGCUGGUAACCCACUGAAUGGAGGACAGGAGGUGUCAUUUAGGAUUAAACUGAGCUUGGCCAAAGUCACGGAUAUGAUAAGCAUCAACGUAUCAGCAAGAACAGACAGCCAGGACAGUAAUCCAGAGAAUAAUGACGUCAUCAUCACUGUUCCUCUCGCGUACAGGGGCGACGUUGGAAUUGAAGGGUCAGCAUCAAUGAGCCAGAACCUCUAUAAGAGCACCAGUGGAACGACAAGAAUCCAGCACACCUUCACUGUUAUAAAGUAUUACGAAAGCCCAAUUGCAGGUGUGGCAGUAGAUAUUGCUGUUCCAGUAAGAGUGAUUGGUCAGAGACUGCCGUUUCUGGUCCUCGAGGGCGUUACAGUGAACGAUAGAUCGGGUAUGCAGGUCGGCGGGAGCUGCAAUGAUACGUCUGUUGCGGCAAGAAACAAAAGGUCAGCCGGAGAAAGCAACGAAGCUGUCAAAAGCAAAGUGGGUGGAAGUACGGCACACUAUCUGAGGAGUUACCUUCGAAAGCCACGGACGCAAGAGUUAAAAUUGGAUUGCACGGAAGCGGAAUGUCGUCACUUCUCUUGCGAAGUGGGACCCUUCACGGAUCCGCAAAAGAUAGCCCAAGUGAGCCUGAACAUGGUCGUCAACAUUUCAAGGAUCAUAGAACAAGUGCAGGGAAUGCCAGAUGUUGUGGAUGUCAUCUCGUCUGCAUCCCUGACCAUAAUCGAUGACAACAAGUUCAUGGCAAUAUCCGUGCCACGGCCGAAGCAAACGGAGAUUACAACAUCGUUCAUCAAGGAAGGACCUCCGGCAUCUUAUCAGCUGCCCUGGUGGGCGUAUGUGCUAAUCGUAUCUUCUGGGGUGUCCCUCCUCCUCCUUCUCUCCUACAUUUUGUACAAGUGCGGGUUCUUCCGACGGAAGGCGAGAGAAGAAUUGUUGGAAGAAAAACGAAAAACCCAACUAAACCUAGGUAACCCAGAAGGAUCCGUUGACGACAUCGAUGAUGAUGAUGACGACGUCGAUGACGAUGACAUUAUCCCCAGAUGACACUGUUCUUCUGCAACAUUUUUCUUGGGUGUCUGAGAAUGGCGUGUCAUUAUGUGGUCGUGUUCAAGCAGAGAAAAGCAUUGCUAACCAUACUCCUGUAGUUCCAUGUUUAAUGUAACAGAGUAAAUAUUUAAACUAAAGAUGGGACGAAUCCAGAGUUAUCCAAAUCCGAGCCCGAAUCCUGCCAGAAUCCGAGUCUGAAUCCAAGGAAGGUUCUGUGAAGCCGCGAGUCUUACGAAUCUCGAAUCUUUCGAACCAUUUCUUAAAAGCCAGUUGUAAAACACUUCUACUGAAACGUGUUUUGGUAGUAUUUGGUAUCCUUGUUCAAUCGAAAACAUACUAUAAAACAGUUCCCUUUCAGGAGGAAACAUACCCAUAUACUUCUUUCUAAAUGUACUUUAUUUAACAAGUCGUUCAUCGGCUACAGGAAAUACAUAAACUUCUCGAGUCUGAAUUUUUUUCAUAACACUACGAAACAAUCGAAAGCGUAACCAUUACUUUUAAACUUGUAACGUAAGAGUUCCUGCGUGAGCUAUUUCAGUCCAGAGCAAUGUAUAGGAACAAACAAAAAAACAAAGCUGAAAGUUUUAAAUUAAUGCUGAUAUUUGUUCAAAAACACCAGCAUCCUCACCCGCUCAGGGCCGAGCCUACUGCGUUUUAUUUAUUUAUUUAUUUUUUAGCUAUAUUACACCGGUUGUGCUGACGGGUCUUCUGACAUUAAUGGGGGUGCGACCAGGAACUUUUUAGGCGUAUCAGGCUUUUUGCGGACUCCGGAGACGCCAAUUUUAAAAAGUAACGAACAAAAGUGGUUGGUGGAUUCGAAGGAUUUGUAUGCACCGUUUUGCGCACUGGGAUUCGGAUUCCCGAAUCUCGAACCCCUGAUUCGCGGAUUCGGUUGUCCACCCCUAAUUUAAAGAAAUGCGCAUUCUCCCUAGGUUGAGCACGAUUGCAGUCAAUGCCACUGUUGCGAUAUGUGUGAUAGUGUGGUAUAUUAAAUUAUUACUCAAUGUC